CAAAUGCCUGCCCCGACACGUCGCAGGCUUGACGGGAUCAAUCAAUAGACCAUUCACGUUCUUGGCCCGUGUAUCUAAGCCUUCGCGCCCUUCGAAGACACAGAAGCCCUACUGCGUCCCGGGCAUUUGCAGCCCUGUGCCUCAAUCAAGAGACAACAGGACGUGACACCCAGCUCUUUGGAGAGCGAUACUCGGGACCUUCUUCUUCAGGUAAUGCAUCAUGUCCACAGCGCAGCCGGAAACCAAAGCUGAGGCCGAAGCACUUGUGCCUCAGUUCAAGCUCGAGAGGGUCCUCAAUCAAGACCAGAAUGGGCGCCGGAUCUCUCUGCUUGGCAGCAUCGCUGACCUGCCGGCACUCAUCACUCUCGAACGGGCAGCGUUCCCAACGGAGCCGGAGCUCGUGUCGUCGCUUCUGAGAUCUCUCGUCAACACCACCAACCUCGGCGCCAACGACAUUUACCGAUGGUACAUGGCGAAUCGCUCCAUCGACUCGUCUUCGUCCUCCACCAGCGCCUCGUCAACAUCAUCACUUGCGACCUCACCGCCCCCAGCCGUCCCAGACUUCAAACUCAAUCUGAUUUACCCAUGCUCACCACAGCACAUCCGGAAAUACUCGGCCCAGCGCCUGCGCAUGGUCACCGAAACGCCGCACAUCUACUCUGCGCACAUAAAACCAUACGUAGCCCGUCAACGCGCGGCCGGCCGGCUCGACUGGGUCUUCAACAUCCUCGAAGGGCGCACGGAGCAAGAAGACGUGAUCGCGCGCGUCGACUGGGACGCGCCCUCCAACACGGGCUUCCUGCUCCUACCGGAUCUGAACUGGGACCGGAAUACCGUCGAGGGAAUGCACUUGCUCGCGCUCGUGCAGAGGCGGGACAUCUGGUCCCUGCGAGACCUGAAGAAGAAGCACGUCCCCUGGCUCAAGACCAUGCGCGAACAGAUCGUCGCCGCGGCCAUCGCCAAGGUCUUCCCACCAGGCCAGGUCGAGGCCGACGAGGUCAAAUGCUACCUGCACUACCAGCCCACGUAUUACCAUCUCCACGUCCACGUGGUGCAUGUCAUGCUGGAGGCCGGCACGACGCAGAGCGUAGGCAAGGCGUUUGGGCUGGGCAACGUGAUUGCACAGCUGGAGGGCAUGGCGGGGGACGACGAGGCGGGCCUGCACGAGGUGGAUCUGCACUAUUUCCUGGGCGAGGAGAAUGAGUUGUGGAGGAAGUGUUUUGGUCGGCUGAAGAAGGGGGAGGGGGUAGAUUUGAACGUUUGAAGCCCCGGAAGGGUAGCUCGGUGGUUUCAAGAUCGUGGACUUGCAAAGACACCCAUCUAUGGAAAGCCCCUCGGCGAUUGUGCCUACUGAGCCAUAUCGAUUUCCACAACUCCUCUAAAACACCCUAUAUCCGGCAGUCCCGAAAUCAAAUCUCAGAUCCAGGGCCCCUGAUGAGCCCUCUUUGACUUGUCUAUUCCUCUACCCAACGAUGCAGACCGCGUUCCUCGAUGUCCCGCCCAUCACAUUCGUCCACCCCUCAAAACCCUCGCCUCUCAUUCAAGCGAAAAGGAGUACACAUAGUGAAACCUCCCAGAGAAGUUCUGGGCGGAGAGAAAGGCCAGGGAUUCGAUGAUUCUUCUCUCCUCCUUUGUUCCGAGGCCAGCCGCUCAGGUUUGCAAAGCUUCAGGCCCGCACCUCACUCUUGGCCGGCCACUUGACCCUCCUCUCGGCGCGGACGUAGAGAUUCAGCGGCCGGAUGAGCUGGAACAUCGGGUCGUACUGGAUGGGGUCGUCUCCCUCGCGGCUGAACUUGUACCGGUAGAUCAGCUUGGGCAGGAACACCUUGACCUCGAGCAGGGCGAAGUUGAACCCGAUGCAGCCGCGCGGGCCCAUGGCGAAGGGGAUGUACGCGGCCUUGUGGCGGUUCUUGACCGAGUCGGUGUUCCAUCUAACCCCCGGGCAACAAAACACGGGUCAGCUCUUCCAUGCUGCAAGCUGGAAUCACAU